AACACCAGAACCCUAACUGCCGAAAUUAGGGGUUUAGACACCAUGGCAUUAUCAUGAUGACGAUGAUGAAGUUUAAUCAUUCGUUUUACGCUUCCCGUAAGUUUCCCCUUUUCUUCAAUCGUCCCUAUAUUAUUGCUGCAUCCUUUCAUUCCAUUAAUCGAAAUUGCAAAGAUUCUAAAACCCUACAAGAUGCUGUUUACACGUUUAAUCGUAUGCUUUAUAGGAAUCCUGUACCCCCUAUUCCAGAAUUCACUAAAAUAUUAUCAGUUAUUGUGAAAAGGAAUCAUUUUGCUGCUGCAAUUUCGUUAAUUAAACACUUUGACUUUUUGGGAGUCAACCCUGUUUUGAAACCCACCAUUUAUGUUUUCAACAUUGCUAUUAAUUGCUUUUGUCACUUGAAAAGAGUAGACUUUGGAUUCGCCGUGCUAGCGAAAGCCACGAAACUCGGAUACCAGCCCGAUUGUGCUACUUUUAAUACCCUCAUUAGGGGACUAUGUGGUAACAAUAAGUUGCAUCAAGCGAUCAAGUUGUUUGAUCGGAUUGUGAAGAACGGGUUUGAGCCUAGUGUAGUGACUUACGGGACGUUAAUUAACGGUCUUUGUAAAUCGGGAGACACUCGUUCGGCUGUUGUUUUGCUUCAGAAUAUGGAAACAUCCACUUGUCCACCGGGGAUUAUCCAGUACAGCUGCAUUAUAGACAGCCUUUGUAAGCGUAAACGAUUUGUUGAGGCGUUGAAGCUUUUUACGGAAAUGAAAAGAAAAGGUGUGUCGCCUAAUGUUGUGACGUAUACUUGUUUGAUUCAUGGUUUGUGUAGUAUACAAUCUUGGGAUGAAGCGCUUGAGUUGUUGAGUGAAAUGCAUGCUCGAAACAUCUCGUUAAACGUGCACACGUUUUCUAUUUUGUUGGACACGUUGUGUAAAGAAGGAAGGAUAACCGAAGCGGAAAGUUUGUUGUCGCUGAUGAUUCAAAGAGGCGUGGCACCCAACACGGUUACAUACAAUUCACUCAUUCGUGGUUACUGCUUACUUGGAAAAAUGGAUGUUGCUAGGAAGUUGUUUGACUCCAUGGUUGACCAGCAUUGCACUCAUUCGGUUAUCAGUUACAAUAUAUUAAUAAAAGGGUACUCCGAAAACAAAAAAAUAGAUGAAGCGUUGAGUGUUUUUCGUGAAAUGUGUAACGAAGAUAUUGUUCCUAGUCUUGUAACAUACAACACUCUUAUUAUUGGUCUGUGUCAAGCGGGCCGAUUUGAGGAAGCGCUUUUGCUUCCGUAUGAAAUGAAAUCGCAUGGUUUGACUCCCGAUAUUUCCACUUACAAUACUCUGUUAGAUGCCCUUUGCAAGAAUACGAAACUAGAUGAAGCCGUAAAGUUUUUUGAUUCCAUGAUCGACCAAGGUUGCACGCCUUCUGUUAUGAGUUACAACAUCUUAAUCAAAGGGUACUCGGAAAACGAAAAAAUAGAUGAAGCUUUGAAUACGUUUAGUAAAAUGUCUAAGAAUGGUGUUAAUCCUAACGUAGUUACAUACAACACUCUUAUUGGUGGUUUGUUUCAUGCGGGCCGACUUGAGGAGGCUCGUAUGCUUUCUUCCGAAAUGAAAUCCCGUGGUCUGAAACCAGAUAUCGUCACUUUCAAUACUAUAUUGAACACCCUUUGUAAGAACGGGAAAGUAGAGGAAGCCCGAAGUUUGUUCAACACGAUGGAUGAUGAUGAUGUUGUUCCUGAUAUCGUUACGUGCAAUUGCAUCAUCGAUGGUAUGUGCAAAUCAGGGGAAACUGAUGAUGCGUAUGGGAUGUUUUUGAGUCUUUCGGCUAGAGGCUUGCAGCCUAAUGUGCGUACAUACAACAUCAUGAUUGAUGGAUUGUGUAAAGCGAGUGAACUUGAUAAAGCAUAUACAUUGUUUCUAGACAUGAAAGCGAACGGUUGUUCUGCCGAUGAGAUUACGUAUAAGAUAAUGGUGCAGGGAUUUAUUCGAGCGAAGCAGACCACCAGGGCUAUUGAAUUUAUUAACCGAUCACUUAAUGGAAAUGUUUCGGCAGAUGUAAAGAAGUGGCUAAAUGGUUGUUGUCCCCCAAUGGAUCAAAAGAUUCUUUCAAGUUCUAACUAACCCGUACAAAACCUUUCAGAUAUGUUUUUUAUAUACAAACAGCAAUGUCAACCAACAUGAAAUUUUUGAGUUUUGACUGCCCGUCUGCCCUCCUUCAGGCAUGAGGAGAAUUGUUUUAGCGACAAACGUUGCUGAGAGUCAUCAUCAUCAUCAUACUCAGUAAAUCACACCAAUAGCAAAGCUAAGAGACGUGGUUGUGCUGGUCGAGUACCGCCUGGAGUAUGCUAUAGAUUAUAUCCAAAAAAUGGGUCGUAAAAAGCUUUCAACUUGGAGCCAUUGAGUCCUUCUUGGCUAAGGCGCUUCAGCCCCCUGAUGCACUUUCUGUUCAAAAUGCUGUUGAACUUCUUAAGACCAUGGGGGCUCUAGAUGAUGCAGAAGAGCUCACUCCACUUGGUGAUCAAACGGAUUGGUCUGGUAAACUGGCUGUAAAUAGGUUGUAGACUGGUAAGAGUUUGUAAUUUGCAAUUUAUAAAUUUUUUAUUCUAGUGUUAGACUGGCGGGUGGGUUGACCAGUUUAUCAACAACCAAAGCCAAACAUUAGCAAAGCAUAAUCUGAUAUUUGCAAUUUAUAAAUUUUUUAUUCGAUAUGUUUACUUAUGAAUGGAUCAAUUCAGGUUAUUUUUAUCUCUAACGGGUAAAAGAAAGUCCAAAAGGAAAAAAGUCAAGUGGGUCGAGCUGGUCAAACGGGUGGAAAGUCUCUAAAGCGUGUUUUUAUCACUUAAUGUUUUCUAAAUCAAUUUCAUUAAGAGAAAGAUACACCUAAGUGAAGGGUAUAAUUGGUCCCCAUUUAAAUUUUUAUAUUUGUACUACUAUAAUUUUAUAAAAUCAGGCAUUUUUUGUCAUUUCACAAUUCAUAGCAUACACUUGCCGAAAUGGGUAUAAAUGAAAGUAUGAAACCAGAUACGUACUUGGUGGCGUAAGUUAGUUUUAAUAUACGGGUGGACUUGAUGAAAGAAGUUAUGUAGAUAAGAUGGGUGACCUCCAAACACAUGAUCUCAUCAUUUUAGUAAAAUAUAUAGAAUAUUGUUUAAAAUAAUUUGAUUUUUGUAAUCAUAUUUCACAGCAGUAGUUGUUUUUUAAUAUUCUAUUACAAGGGUGUUACCGGUCAGCCCAAUCUGUACACUUAUUUAUCCUUUUGGCCUGUUAUCUUACCACUCCAUCCUGCCCAUUUGGUCUGUCCAAAAUUUUUGUAACCCUCUUCCUUCUUAUUUGGUUUAUAGUGAAAAGGUGAAAACCAGCAGCAUAUACAUUCAGGACUCCACAAAUAUAUCAGAUUACGCUUUGCUAAUGUUUGGUGGUAAUCUAAUUCCAAGCAAGAAUGGAGAUGGCAUUGAGAUGCUCGAUGGGUAUCUUCAGUUUUCUGCGUCCAAGAGUGUGUUGGGAUUGAUAAAGAUAAUGAGAGGGGAAGUAGAUACAUUAUUGAAAAGGAAAAUUGAAGACCCUAAGCUGGAUGUUAAUGUUGAAGGAAAAGGAGUUGUUGCAGCUCUUGUUGAGUUGCUGCACAACCAGAAUGUUUGUUAUUAGACAUUAAUUUUAGAGUAAAUUACUUUUUGAGUCCCUGUGUUUUAGUGGUUUUAACCAUUUGAGUGCAAAAUAAAAAAGUUUAACGCUCUGAAUCCCUAACCGUUCAUUUUAUAACGUUUUGAGUCUCCGUGUUUUAGUGGUUUUAACCACUUGAGUCCAAAAUCAAAAGCACGAGUGUUAAAAAAUUGGACUCAAAACGUUAUAAAAUGAGCGGUUAGGGACUCAAGGUGUUAAACUUUUUGAUUUUGGAUUCAAGUAGUUAUCACUAAAACAUAGGGAUUCAAAAAGUAAUUUACCCUUAAUUUUAUAUUUGUUUUCAUUUAUAUAAUCAGCAUAGUACCACAUUUGAAAAGUAUGAUUUUUAGUUAAAUUAUAAGUUAAAGUUA